AUUUAAUAAAAAGGCACAUUGAAAUUUGCUCGUCCAAAAUUCUUCGAACGCGUUUACGUCGUAGCUCCCCCCUCAAACACAGUUGUUAUUGAUUAAUCAAUAUUUUUUUUCUUUUGCUAAUAACAAUAAAAAAUCACAAAUGCUUGCCGCUCGUUCUUUUUUACCUUGGGUCAUUCGGACAUCGACCAUUGCAUGUGUUACCAAAAUUAGUCCCAUUUUGGUCCAGACUAUUCCUUCAACAUUUGCUAUCAAUAAUACUCUUCAAACACAAUUCCGAAAUAUAAGCGAAGUUGCAUUACGUCGAACCAUGGAACAGCAUCAAGUUGUUAAAGAUGUCAUAGACACUGUACCAUUGCAUGUAGCUGAGGUUAAAUUUAGCUCGGGUGUCGAGAUGAAAUUGGGAAAUGAGUUGACACCAACUCAAGUACAACAUGUGCCCAUUUCAGUUAAAUGGCCAGCUGAGUCCGAUACACUUUACACUGUUUGCAUGACGGAUCCUGAUGCUCCAAGCCGUCAACAACCGAAAUACCGGGAAUGGCAUCAUUGGUUGGUUGUCAAUGUGCCUGGAAGUGAUAUUGCAAAAGGUGAAACACUUUCUGAAUACGUUGGUUCAGGCCCUCCAAAAGGUACUGGUUUGCAUCGCUACGUAUUGGUCAUCUACAAACAACCGGGUAAAAUUACACCCGAUGAAAAACGUUUGACAAAUCGAAGUGGCGAAGGACGUGCUAAUUUCAAAAUUCGUGAAUUCGCCAAGAAAUACAAUUUAGGCGAACCAAUUGCUGGUAAUUUUUAUCAAGCUGAAUGGGAUGAUUAUGUACCAAAAUUGUAUGAACAAUUGAGUGGCGAAUAAUUUCAAUUCUGAUUAUCGUCAAAAACGAUUUUAAAAUGAGUGUGUUUAACGUAAAAUUUUUAUUAUAUUAAUGAAAA